CCGAGGCGACUCUGGCUUCCAGGCCGAGGGAGCCGGCCUUGCUCCACAGACAGCUUCUCCAUGUGGCCAGCAGGAACUCUGGCCUGGAUCAGAUACAAAAUAAAAGAACAGAAUUUCAGCAGCUGCCUUGGCUACCCGUCGGGUCCAUAAGGCGCAGAGUCAAAGCAUAACUGUAGAUUUCUGCAAGAUUGUUUUGUCUGUGCGCAGCAGUCAGGACAAAGAAGCUGUAUCAAAAAUUUUAUUUGUACUAUUUUAUUCUUAUGCAAUGUUGGCAUUGGUGUGUUUCAUAUGUGCAUAAGUUUUAUAAGUUGGUUUUGUAGAUGAAUAUAUUUUAGCUUUUGUUUGUUCUUAGAAUUGCUGGUUUGUGUCAACUGUAAGCCAGCCUGAGCUCUUGGAGAUGGGCAGGAUAGAGAGGAAUUUUGAUGGGUUAGCUCAUUAUGUCUAUGAACAUCAGAACUGUUUAAGAUGUUCGUGCAUCUGCUGAGAGGCACUGGUUGUGCACUAAAGAACUACAGCCAAUUAGUUAUCUGAUGGUGCACAGAGCAUUCAUUGAGAGAACACUGGAACACUGGAAAUAUGUUUGCUGCAUAAAGCCACAGUCCUGUAUGGACUUUAAAAACAGCAUUUCAAAAACUACAUGCACAGGGGAUUGCUCACAGUAUAAUGGGGAAAAUGUCCCAGAUGGUGGCUUUAAUUUUGAGAUGUUGUCAGACAGAGCUUCAGAGAUUGCCCUAAUCACCUCUUCCUCUUAUUUUUCUAGGCUACAGAAAUGGCAUAGACUUUCAUCUCUAAACUAAGACUUGUUGAUGUUGAAAAGAUGUUGGAUGUUGGGAAAUGGCCAAUAUUUGCUCUCCGCUCUCAAGAGGAGUUGAAGUUAAUUCGCCAGGCCUGUGUAUUCGGCAGUGCAGGCAAUGAAGUACUUUAUGCAACUGAAAAUGAUGAGGUUUUUGCGCUUGGCACUAACUGCAGUGGUUGUUUGGGAAUCGGUGACACACAGAGCAGCAUUGAACCCCGAAGGUUAGAUACUUUAUGUGGCAAAAAACUAGCCUGCCUCAGCUAUGGAAGUGGCCCCCAUGUUGUCGCUGCUACCACUGAAGGAGAAGUAUAUACGUGGGGACAUAAUGCUUAUAGUCAACUGGGAAAUGGAACAACCAACCAUGGUUUAGUUCCUUGCCAAAUCUCCACCAACUUGUUAAACAAAAAAGUGAUUGAAGUUGCCUGUGGCUCACAUCAUUCAAUGGUUUUAACAUCUGAUGGAGAGGUUUAUACAUGGGGCUACAACAAUUCAGGGCAAGUUGGAUCUGGCUCAACAGCCAACCAGCCAAUUCCACGGAGAGUCACUAGCUGCUUACAAAGCAAGAUUGCAAUUAACAUUGCUUGUGGCCAGAUGUGCUCAAUGGCAGUGGUAGAAAAUGGGGAGGUUUAUGUCUGGGGAUACAAUGGCAAUGGUCAGCUUGGAUUGGGCAAUAGCGGCAAUCAACCAACACCUUGCAGAAUAGCAGCUCUGCAAGGCAUCCGUGUGCAGCGGGUUGCCUGUGGCUAUGCACAUACCUUAGUGCUAACGGACGAAGGUCAGCUGUAUGCCUGGGGAGCAAAUUCCUAUGGCCAGUUAGGCACUGGGAAUAGAGGGAACCAAUCCUACCCUGCGCCUGUUCCUGUGGAUAAAGACAGAGUCGUAGAGAUUGCUGCCUGUCACUCUGCUCACACUUCUGCUGCUAAAACCCAGGGUGGCCAAGUGUACAUGUGGGGUCAGUGCCGGGGACAGUCUCUCACUCUGCCGCAUCCCACCCACUUUGUCUGCACGGAUGAUGUCUUUGCUUGUUUUGCUACUCCUGCAGUGACUUGGCGUCUCCUCUCAGUGGAGCCUGAUGACCACUUAACAGUAGCUCAGUCAAUAAAGAAGGAAUUUGACAGUCCAGAUAAUGCAGAUGUGAGAUUUCAAGUGGAUGGAAAAUACAUUCAUGUUCAUAAAGUCCUUCUCAAAAUUAGGUGUGAGCACUUCCGUUCAGUACUAAACAACAAUAAUGAUGAAAUUAUAGAAAUAAGUGAAUUCUCAUAUCCCGUUUACCGAGCCUUUCUGGAAUACCUGUACACGGACAGCAUCAGUCUUCCUCCUGAAGAUGCAGUAGGUCUGCUGGACCUCGCAACCUUCUACCGAGAAAAUAGACUGAAAAAGCUUUGCCAGCAAACAAUCAAGCAGGGAAUUUCCGAGGAGAAUGCGAUCGCCCUUCUUUCUGCCGCAGUCAAGUAUGAAGCAAAGGAAUUGGAGGAAUUUUGCUUUCGGUUUUGCAUAAACCACUUGACUGUAGUUACUCAGACAUCAGGCUUUGCAGAAAUGGACCAUGACCUUCUGAAGAACUUCAUUAGCAAAGCCAGCCAAGUGGGAGCAUUUAAAAACUGAAGGAAGGGCAGUUGCAGAAAAUCAAGGUAAAUUUGGUUAUUAUACCAGCCUCUGCUGUGGUUGUCAUUUCUAGGCUGUCACACACUAUAAUCCUCAGAGGCAAGAGGAGCAGGUAGCAACAUCGUAAACCUCUUUUGUACUCCAAGCUACAAAGUCAUCUUUCAGUGAGUGCCUUUUGCAGCAGAAAUUACUUCUCUACUUCAAUCUACCCAAGGGUGGGUGAUGGAGGACAGAUAAAUAGUUUACAUUAAUAUGUCAGAACAUUAAUAAAAGGAGGAGGGGCAGUGGAGCUGCUCUAUGGAAAAGAGGUUGGCUGGGGGAGAAAAGAAGUGGAUUUUUGAAGAGAUUGUGUUCACUUACCUUUUUUAACUCUGGUUUUAAAUUCUGUCAACCUGUAUAAAUUAUGUAUAAUUUAUUCUGCAGAUCUUGGGGGGCACUGAGCUGUUCCCCUUAACUACUAAACUUUGCUUAACUCUUCUUCCUCCACUCCCACUUCUACGGCUUCAGAUAUCUAAAUUUAACCUUCUCUAGUCACACACUCUUACAGGGAAAUCUCAACAGGAGCUAGUUCCUUCACUGUUAAAACUGGUAGAAAAUACUCAAGUGUGUUUGACUAAGGUGUAUUUUUAGAACUAGUCUUCUAAAGCUCUUCCAUGUAUGUGGGAACUUGAAAACUGCUUCAAAUUCUGAUACAUAUCUGUGCAUAUGUUAGGUCAGAGAAAGGCCACAGUACUGUUUUGUCUUUGUCACCAAAGUGAAAUGGGGUGCAAAGAAAAAUGGGGAAGAAAAUUGGUGUUUCUAGUCUAUAAGGUAAAUUAUAAGAGCUUUUAAACUUCCCAUUGGUAAAAAGUACGACUGGUAUUUACCUGAAAAGUAGAUUUGUAAGGGUGUCAUGCUGUCACUGGGUUGGGGGGAGUUGUCGUGGUGAGGAAGGCAGGGGCGAUAAGCUCUUCCCACAGUGGGUGUCCCCCCAGACGCACCAAGCUCAAGUUCUGCUGUAGAAAGUACUGCUGACCAUAGAAGGAGCAAAAGGGGAGCAAAGCGCAGGCAAGAGCAGGAAACGGGGGAGCAACCACUUCUUGAAGAGCUUACUGCUCCUGCCUUCCUCACCAGGAAAACUCCCCCCAACCCAGUGACAGCAUGACACAAGUGUUACUGCCAAGUAAACCUUGUGUAAGAUAAAGCUAUAAAAGUUGCUUAUUUAAUCCUCAUUGCUGAAAAUCAGCAUCCUUGUGGGCCAUUCAAACCAAAUUAAGGAGUUUUUGCAUGAUACUGUGGCUGUACUUCUGUGAUCCUUGGAAAGACAUCCCGUGGCCACAGCUCUCCCAUCAGCUCUCCCUUUCCGAGGAUGAAGAGAUCCUUGGCCCUGCUUCUGCAACAACUGCCCUGACCAGACCAACCUUGGAGAUGCAGUGUCUCUAGGGCCAAAAAGGGACCUGCUGGCUGGCCAGCAACCAUGGGAAAGUGACCCAAAGGAGCUAGUGCAUUUGCUGUCCCUGCCCGUGUCCACCAGCUGAGUGCUCCUACACCCUCCUUUCCGGCGCUGGCGAGAGCUUGGCAGAGCAUGAGAAAAGGAGGAAGACACUGCUCUCUUGCAUAGUAACCCAAAAGCCACAGCUAGGAGGAGGCAGAAGAGAGGGCUGCAAACCUCUCCAGCCUAUUUGUAUC